CUAGAGAACAUUGGGGAUGACGAUGAAGUUACUUUCAACUUCACCCUCAAAAUCUCCCGUAAGUUUUGUACAUCAUCUCACACAAUAGAAAGUCUCAAGCCUGUAUCACAGGUCCCGGUGAACCCCCCGGCAACACUACAAGCAUCCUGGCUCUGUUAGAGACCUUGCAGUGCACGCCUCACUUGGAAGUGCACAAAGACAUGAUUCGCUGGAUCCUUAAAGUGAAAUUACAUCUUGAUUAUGUUUGCAAUUUGCCUUACUCUCUCUAUGCGUGCACCUAAUAUGUCCACCAGGUGGCAGCCUAGCAUGUUUUGCAAUUCGCUCACUGAAGGUAGGUGCAACAUACAAAAGAUGAGCGUUUUUACCAUGAAGUUUAAAGCAGUGCUGCAUCAAGACCUGUUUGAAAUCCAAGCAGUGCAACACCGCUCAAGGUGGCGUGGCCGGUAGGCAAAGCAGCACCUCUCACCACGGUGAAGCACAAAUGCUUCACUGUCCCAAAGCGGUUUUGCUGCUGAUCAUCUGUAGGUGGCCCUAGGGGUGUUUUGAUGUGGAUUAUUGUGCGUGUUACUUAAAAGCUGUAUGUCAACAUGAAUAUUUAAAUGACAUGUAAGGAUUGCUUACUACACAAACUGAAUUUCAAUGCACUGUGAUGUGUGCAUUUUAUUUUCCAUAUAGUGAAAACUGUCAGGACACCUGCACCAGGCAGAACAUGUACAUAUAAAGGCCAUGGUGUAGGCCAGGGCUAAUGAUGUAUUGUAGUAUGUACUUUGAAGAGAAACAGGCAAAUUAAAUGUUAGUAAAAUUGUAAUGCAUCUUCAGUAUUUAAUGGUAUGGUGUGUGUGUAUAUACUUUUUAGUGCACAAGUGUGUUCUAUUGAACAUCUGCUUAGUUUUGCAGACUUUGAUUGUGUGUGCAUGUAGUUCUAACUGCACUGCUGUAUCGUUUUCUUGUAGAAGUAUUUUCCUAAAUUAUGUAUCUUUUUCUACACAGAUGGUGGUUAGCAUUAAAACGAUGCGCGAGUGCACAGCUGCUGCACCUCCCUGUGAAGGAACAGGGCACUGUCAUAAGGAGACUGUGUGGGACAAAGACAAAGCAGAGAGAAAAAGGAAAGCUGAACUGUGCUGGAAAAAGACCAUGGCUCAAACAUUAGAGAGCCAGAGUCAUUUUAUCAAUAAGUACAUAGAUCUGCUCACGCAGGAUUCAGAGGAUCUGGACGCCUCAGCCUCUACAUCAGCAGAGCAUAGCCCCAGUUCAUGUGACAGUGCUCUGGUGUGUGUGGGACCUCGUCGUUGGCGUGCCAGAGGAGGAGAGAGGAGGCAGAUGGAGAUGCGUAUCCUGUGUCACGAAGCGCAGGAGAUCCUACCUGAUGGCACCGCCAUGGUGCUCGCUGCCUUUGUCCAACGCUCUACGGUCAUGUCCAAGAACCGCAAAAGACCCCCUCACAAUCCAGAGAGCUGUGAUCCCCUCUUCAUGCACCCUGACCUGUCCUUUGGUACCCAUACCGGCAGCUGUGGCCACGUCAUGCACUCUCACUGCUGGCAGAGAACGAAAGACCAACAAUCAGAAGCAGCAGAUCGCCAAGAUGGAUAUCUGGGGCGUCAGGAUGCCACCAAUGUUAGUGGAGUACUUUGCCACGUUGCGCCAACAGUCGGAAGAUUACCAAGCUGCGCUACGAAAGCAGCAGGACGCCAGGAAUUACCUGGGCUUCAACUUACCGCCUAUGUUCAUGCAGGACUAUGCCAUGCUAUGCCAACAGGAGGAGGAGUCCAGGUACAAGGGGGAGUUUGUGUUCAGUACAGAGACCCAGCCCGGGACCGACAGGGUGACCUCAGAGCUCGAACCUGAGCUCCACGAGGUGGGCUCACCUGCCGGCAAAGGGUCAGCGGGGAGGCACUAGCACCAGGCUUUGAUGUCCGAGUCCCAGUCAAGUCUCAAGUCCCUAAGGUCCCAGCCAAGCCUCGCGUCCCUGAGGUCCAAAUCAAGCCUCGCGUCCCUGAGUUCACGUUCAGGCCUACUGACCCAAAUGACCAAAUGCCGCUCACACCCAGCCAAGCUCCGCUCACGCCACAGUCCGCCGACACGCACCGCCAAGCUCCGCUCACGCCACAGUCCGCCGACACGGCCAGCCAAGCUCUGCCUAUGCCCAAGGUUCACAUAGUGACCUCAGAGCCUCAGCCUCCCCGUUCAGCUGAGGUCGUCGCUCAGCCUCCCCGUUCAGCUGAGGUCGUCGCUCAGCCUCCCCGUUCAGCUGAGGUCGUCGCUCAGCCUCCCCGUUCAGCUGAGGUCGUCGCUCAGCCUCCCCGUUCAGCUGAGGUCGUCGCUCAGCCUCCCCGUUCAGCUGAGGUCGUCGCUCAGCCUCCCCGUUCAGCUGAGGUCGUCGCUCAGCCUCCCCGUUCAGCUGAGGUCGUCGCUCAGCCUCCCCGUUCAGCUGAGGUCGUCGCUCAACCCGCCUGCUCCAUGGCAACUAGAGUUCCCCCCUUCUGCUUCGAGGAGACCCACGCUCCUCUCCCUGGCCGCACGGGGGACUUCUCUCAGCCUUCCAGUUCAGCUGGGGACGUCGCGCCGCUUUCAUGCUCUGCCGAGGAAAUAUCUCAGCCUCCCUGUGCCAUUGUAGAAGCCGCCCGGCCUCCUGAUUUUGCGGGGGACAUUUUCUCCAGGGGGCCAGGACCACCAGAUGGAGGACGUAUAAUUUUGGGCGCUCCGGGAGUAGCGCCCUUGGGGGAGGGUUCUGUCACGUAUCAGGAAGCUCUGGACUCCACUUCCCAUCAGCCACUGCACUGCACUACAUGUCACAUGACCACCUGCACCUGAUUCACGUUUUGGUUAAUGAGCACUCGUGUAUAUAUAGCCAUUGUCUGCACUGAUUCACUGUCUUGUGUUGUAUUAGACUGCCAUGUUACAUGUUUUGUUUCAUGCCACAGUAUUUUGCCUAGUUGUCGUAGUGUCUAUGUUUUGUUGUUUGUUCAUAUAAUAAAUGUUAUAUAUCUGC